AUGGAGCGAAUCGUCAUUGAUGAAGGAAGUGUUGUAAAUCUGAUGACGAAUUCUGCAUAUAAGAUGCUGGGAGGAACCGCAACGAGGUUGCGCCGAGUACCGAUCCCGCUAUCCAGACUCGGAGGCCCCUCAAUCAACCCACUAGGUGCUAUCUCACUGGAAGUUAUAAUCGGCCUGGAAAUGGGGAUCAACAAGAAGGUAAUGUCCUUAUUCAACAUAGUGGAUAUGGAACUAACAUAUAAUUCCAUCCUCGGAAGACCAUUCCUCCACGAUUCAGCUGCAGUAACCAGCAUAAGAGCUAUGGCAAUGAAAGUACCAACUGAGAAGGGAGUAGUAACGCUGGGAGGUGACCAGAACAUCGCCAAAAAAUGCUACGACGAGUCUGUUGUAGAUCUUCAAGAAAGCAGAUCAGAGAAGAAAGAAGAGUAG